UUACAACGUUUCAUGCUUUUCGUAAAAAUACUUAUUACGUAUAUUAGAUGAGAAACGAAGAAGCGAUUGGCUAAAUAGUCUAAACACUUUAGACUUUACAUAAAAUACCGUUUUUAGAUAUUAUAAACCGUUAUAAAAAAUAUAAAAUUUCUGUUUUUUUCGCAUAUCAACAGACUUCUACAAGACAUUUUAGAUACUAAUUACGAUCAUACAACAGGAUUCAUUAUUCUAUUUCAAUUGCAUAAUUUUUUUAUUGCAAAAUGAAGUGGAUAUCAAAUUUAGAUAAAAAGUUCGUAAUACCUAUUUUUCUUGGCAUAUCUUUGACAACUCUUGGUUGUAUAUCCCUAGCAACCUUGUUCUAUCCUGUGUUUGAAAAGGAUGAUGAGACAAAAGAUGAUAGUAAUAAUACAAAGAGAUCUUGUAAGAUAAUAACAUCUACAUGCACUCCAGUAGAAUAUAAAAUACCUAAACAAUUUGCAUCUGCUGUAAUUGGUAGAGGUGGUUCAAUGAUCCAAAAGAUACAAGAUGCAACUGGCACAAUUAUUAUUAUGAGUAAUAAUGAUAUAGAGUGUCCAUAUCGUCUCUGCAUGAUACACGGUAAUGAAAUUGAAGGCAUUCGUUUAGCAAAGUCGAUGAUCAAAAACAUAGUAGACAAUCAGCCUAUCAUCGAGACCUAUGAAAUGUUUGUGCCAUUUGAAGUUUGCGGAUCCUUUGGAAUUGGGUACUUUGGAAUUUUAAAAAAACAUGGAGGUAUUGUGCAACAGAUACAAAGAUCUUCUGGUGCAAAACUCACACUAGAGAAUGAUGUUCAUAAAUCUGAAGAUGGAUGGAAAAGCAAAAUAAUAAUAAAAGGAACUGCUGAACAAAUAGCAUUAGCAGUUACUCAAAUAAAAGAUAAAAUCCAAGAAGAACACAAAGCUCGAGCUCAGUUGAAAUGUGAACAAACCACAACUGCAAGAACCCCUAGAACAUCACCUAGUAAAAACAAUCAGUCUAUUAUUGAGACUUAUGAAUUUUUUGUACCACAUAAAGUUUGGGGAAGAAUCAUAGAAAAAAAUGAAAAUACUGUACAGCAAAUACAAAGUUUCUCUGGUGUAGAAAUUGUAAUUCCUGAGAAAGAUCCUGCUAAUAUAUCUCAAAACGAUGAAAGCAGCCUAAUGUUACGAGGAACUGGUGAGCAAAUAGAGCUAGCCAUUGCUCAGAUGAAAAAUAAAAUUCGAGAGGAAAUAGACUUGAAUGUUGACCUCACAAUCACUUCAAGAAAAAUACCAACAUACAAUCCAGCCUUUGACAAUAUUUACAUGGACGACGACCGUUCAGAAUCUUCGCAAAUUUCUUUAGUACAAGCAGAAGAUGUAAUGGAAGUAUAUGUCACCGUAAUGGCAACACCAAGUUUAUUUUGGAUUCAUGUGGUUGGUCCUGCGAACAGAGCUUUAGAUAAUUUAGUGUUCGAAAUGACAGAAUAUUACAAUAAAGAGGAAAAUCGUGAACUUCAUACUUUGGAAAAAAUAAUACCAGGCCAGAUGGUAGCAGCCAAAGCAGGUUAUGAAAAAAAAUGGUAUCGCGCGCAAGUAGUAGGUACAGCAGAAGACUUUCUAUACUGUCUCUUUUAUGUGGAUUACGGAGAGACUGUUGUUCUUCCUCCAGAGGAUAUAUUGGAGCUGCGUACGGAUAUGUUGGCUAUACGAGUGCAGGCCGUGCAAUGUUCAGUGGCAAAUAUGAAGCCAUAUAGAGAAAACUUUUGGACCUCCGAAGCUUGCGACAUGUUCUCCAAACUCUUACAUGUGGGGCAAUGGAAACCUUUGAUCGCUAAAGUUAAAGGAUAUAAAAAACAUCCGCGGAUCGGUUACGGGGACACUGUGGAAGAUUCACUGAUUCCUUGCAUUGAUCUUUACGACACGGAUGGCAAUAAGGUCAUCAAUGUUAGGGAAACUAUGAUACGUUCAGGAUUGGCUCAAUUUGAGGAAGAAGACUGGUCAAUCGCGAGUUCCACAUUAUCAGAAGAUAAGCAUGACUUUUCGUCCGAUUCAUCUCAUCCGACUCAUCUUGGUUGAACAUAUUUCAAAUGAUUGUCAUGCCAAUUAAGCCAAUUUUACUACCUCAAUCUGCAGAAGCGAUUGAUUUAACAACUUUUCUAAAACAACUAAUUUUACUGCAUUUAUUAUAUAGAUUUAUAUUAGAAAUUCCUCUUUUGUAGAAUUCUCUUAUAUUAAAAAUCCAAUCUAUAUAUAAGCUUAUAAAUUUUAGAGCGAGAUACUUAAAAUAAUGUAAUGCCGAUAAAGAUCCAAACAAACGUGUCUUCCGUUUAUUAUAUAUAUAUAUAUACACACACACACACACACACACACACACACAAUACACACACACACACACAUAUACAUAUCUAUAUACACAUAUAUGUAUGUGUAUAUGUAUAUAUAUAUAUAUACACACACGCACACGCACACAC